UGGCUCCUUUAUCAUGCAUGAACUCCAUUGGCCUAAGUGGCUUGGGUUUGUUUGGCACGGCCACAAGGCCCCACCAUGACAGUAGAACUAAUGACAGGAGAGAAUCUUAAAUCCCCUCCCUCCCCUCCCUGCCUCACCAGAUUUGAUACAUGCCAACCUGUUGCUUCUUAACAGAACCAAAAAGGUUUGGACCUUGGCCUAGAAGUAGCUAGCAAGAGAGAUCUUCUUGGGGGAGAAAGAGGGAGAGUGCCUUACCUUGUUCAGAAGAGAAGAAUUCAGAAACAGGACUCCUUGCCAGAGGUGAGGCUGAUACUUCGUGUGGGUUGGUGAGAGAUGGAGAAGAAACAUAUGAAGAUGGCCAUCCUGAGGCAAGAGCAGACAUUCAGACAACAGGUUCACGAGCUGCAUCGCGUAUACGAGGUUCAGAAGCGGCUGAUGAAGGAGAUGCAGGCUGUUAAGAUGAGCCCAGCUCAGGCAAGAGAGGAUACUCGACCAGAACCGAUGCUGGAUACAGAUCGACCACAAUGGCACAUCAACUCAGGCGAGAAGACCGCUCGUUUCACCGAGGACUUCAACCUGGAGCUGACACUAGCAACUGGGGGUGAUACAAGGAAGCAGGAGAUGACAUCCAACUCCGAGUCUGGAGCAACGGUGACAUCGUCGACUUCUGCUGAAUCAGAGUCGGGGCAGCGAUUCCCCAAGUCCAAUGUAGACCUGAGGUUUCAACAUGAGAGCAAGAGGCAUGAUGAUCAGCUCACGCAGUCUCCCUGGCUCUACCAAUGUUUAAGUCUCAAGAUGGCUUAAUGGCUUA